AUGAAUCCCGAUAACCGUGAUGUGUGCCGAUUUUACCUGCGAAAAUCAUGUCGAUUUGGAGAUAAAUGUUUUAAUAGACAUGAAAAGCCAUCAUAUCCAAAACUUGAUGAAGAACUGCCUGUUCUAACUUUUGAAGUUGCAUCAAGCAGCAAGCAUCAACAAAAACAUAAAAAUAUUCCCCAGACAUUGACAAAAGAACCAAUUGCACAUGCACCUUUAAAUUCUGCUCAAAAUGUAAAACAAAAACGUCCAAAAAAAUCAUCAAAUAAACCACCAGCACAAGAUUCGUUUGAACUGCUAAGUGAAAAUAAAAAUCUUGUCGAAAAAGUGAAUAUGCUUGAAAUAUUAGUGAGUUCACUUCACGAACAAUUAGAGGAGCAAAGGAAAGAGAAUGCUAAGCUCAUCAAUGAAUUUAAUAGUAUGCAGUUGUAUGAUGAAGAUUACAAAUGCCCUGUUUGUUUUGAAGUAUUCAUAACGCCAACAUUGCUGAAUUGCUCGCACAUGUUUUGUGAAUGGUGUAUUUACAAAUUGUUAGAGCAAAACGACCAGUGUCCAAUAUGUCGGUGUCGAAUAAUCGACUAUACAUAUUGUUCAAAUGCGGGUAACAUUAUCAAUAGAAUGAUAGAACGGAUGCCACAUGAAGUCAAAAUGAAGUUCAGUAAAUUAAAAGCAUCCCGUGAUGAGGAUAAACCAAAAAAUUAUCAAAUUUAUUCCUCUAUGCACACAAAUUCUCCAUCUGUCAGAAAAAAAAUAUUUGUCAAAUUAUUACCUGCCAUUCAGAUUCUUUAUAACCGUACCAUGGCACAUAUUGGCUUGUGUGCAUUUUGUCAAGGCAACAUUAAAGAUGCUCACAACUGUUUGGUUGAUCUAAUGAUGACCGAAAAAGUGAAAGAGUUAUGA